UUGUGCGCACUACGACGCCCUCUGGCCACAGCAGCCGCCUCGCACUCAACACUCAACCAUCCUGGAGAUCUCCAAGGACAAAACAAGGCUCAUCCGCGGCCAAAAGAAAGGAAUUACACUUUUACCGAGCGCGCUGUAGUCCCAUGGUCCAGAGGUCCAGGAUGCGUCAGCUCUUCGUCCCUCUCUCCGCUGCCCUCCUCCUCCUCUUCCUCUCCGGGUUCAGUCUGACUCACGGCUGCAACAAGGCUCUGUGCGCCAGCGACGUCAGCAAGUGCCUCAUCCAGGAGCUGUGCCAGUGCCGUCCCUCCGAUGGAAACUGUUCCUGUUGCAAAGAGUGCAUGUUGUGUCUGGGGCACCUGUGGGAGGAGUGCUGCGACUGUGUGGGCAUGUGUAACCCUAAGAACUACAGCGACUCACCCGCGACCUCUAAGAGCACGGUGGAGGAACUGCACCGGCCCAUCCCUUCCCUGUUCCGCGCUCUGACCGAGGGAGACACACCCAUAAACAUGAUGGUGUGGUCGUUUCCUGUGGCUGAGGAACUGUCCCACCACGAGAAUCUGGUGUCUUUCCUGGAGACGCUCGAGAACCAGCACCAGAACGUGUCUCUGCCCGGCAACAGUAUCCAUGCCAACUAUGAUGGACAAGAGAGCAUGUGCACGGUGGUGUACUUUGACGACUGCGUAUCCAUCCACCAGUGUAAACAGUACUGCGAGUCUAUGGGAGGAUCCAAGUACCGCUGGUUCCACAACGCGUGCUGUCAGUGCAUCGGGCCCGAGUGUGUGGACUAUGGCUCCAAAGCCGUCAAAUGCAUGAACUGCCUUUUCUGAUCCCACCCAAACACCCCGGACUUUCACACUUUCACAACACGUUAAUAAAUGAUCAGAUGAUUUUUUUUUUGGUGAUGUCACUGUCUCAGAUGUAAUCCUAAUUCCUGUAUUGAUUUGUAAAGUGUUUUGAUGUGAAAAAUCGACAAAUGUUAUACCUAAUCAUUUAUAUUAGUAAUAAGUUUGUGUGAUUACAAUGCUGAAAGGUGUAAGAGACAAUAUGGGCAAACCUGAUUUACAAUUAUUAUCAAAUCAAAAUGUGUAUGAGUUCAAGCCACUGCCAAAAUUUUACCAAAAAAUAAGACAUUUCAUAUAUUUUUGGAAUUAUUGGAAAAAAUAUUGGAGAGUACUGUAUUAACUGAGGUAAGUCUGUUUUCCUAACUAUACAAAACUCGCUUCAAAAAGUUGGUUCAAAACAUGCAAGUGAAUUCAUUUACAAAUUUCAAAAUAUUUUUCUUUUCAAAAUAUUAACCUAAUCUGGCUACAGGAUAAUAUUUUUAAAUUUUAAAUGUGUGCAUAAUUACUUUUUUUUUCUUUUUCAGUCAAUACAACUUUUACACACAUGUUUAAGCGAAAUUUUAAAAAUCAAAUUUAAAAUGUUUGUAAUUUUUGCAAGUUUUAUACACCUAAAUAACAGUUUUUCUUAUCUCUUCUGCACUAAAGAGCUGCAGAACAAAUGUUUUCAAAAAAAGUUGUCUCAAAAUCAUAGACUGUAUAUAGAAAUGAACAUAGGAAGUGAGCAUGAGCGCACUUCCUGGCUCCACGGACUCUGGCACCAAUUCACUUUCUAUUGAAAAACCUUCACCCCUCUUUCUGUAACUGCUGCUGUCAUGCUCGCCGUUUUGGUCUUAAAAUGUUCGUAAUAACCCACUCUAUCCUGUGAUCCUGUUUUUUAUUUGCCAUUUUGUUGGUAAAUCAAGAUAUGAACAUUAAUAACAGACCAACAAGGUGCUGUCUUUUCCCCUCGAUGAGCUUCAUUUGACUGGAAAUGAACAUCACACUCUUGUCCACGUCUUUAUACAGUCCGUGUUCAAGUUAUGAAUUGUAGUUUUGUCCUUUUUAAACUUAUACUGUCACACAUUUUUGAUUCUUGUUUCUAAAAUAAUCCAAUCAAAUCACGAAAUCAGCGAUCAUUUUGUUUGCCCUGUUUGUAAAAAGUAGUGCCCCUCUGUAAAAUAGCCCCGCCCCUGCCCAAUAUAAAAGCCCUAAGCACAAUGUGUAAGUCUGCUGUGUUUUCCACUGUAUAUUUUUUUAGAUAUAUUUUCAAUAGUGUUUUUUACUAGAUGAGUUUAUGGUGAAUAUAAUGUAUUUUUACACUUAUGAUCGGCUGUUACGCAAGUCUUGUGCCAAAUAAAAACCUGUUUGGUGUUGGAGACAGUUAAAGAUGCAA